AGAGAAUGAAUGUGACUAGUGUUCCUCAGACAUUCCCAGCUUCAAUUCAGUACCUACAGCUCACUGAUAUACCAACUGUGUUGGACAUCCAGAAUUAUGCAUUCAAAAGGUACAUAAAUCUGAGGUAUUUGGAUAUCAGUAGGAAUCAAAUCAAGACAAUAUGGCAGAAAUCCCUACAAGGACUUGGAAGAUUGGAAUAUUUGAAGAACAGUCAGUCUGGUGUUAUGAUAUUCGAUUAUUAUAGUACAUCGUCAUUGUUGCGUGUCUUUGAAGAAAAAGCACUGGCUGACUUGAGAAGUCUCAAAUAUUUGGACUUCAGAGGAAAUAGCAUGCUUGGACUGGACAGAGUAAUGAAUAGACUUCAUCCACUGGUUAAAUUGAAUCAAACAAUAGAUUACUUGGAUUUAUCAUUCACGAAUGACAUUGAUGACAAAAGUGUGGCUAUUCAAAGUUACGUGCUGAAAAAACAAAAGAUGAUAAUUUUUAAGAGAUUGAAAGUGAAGGUUUUGAAGCUAGAUGGAAAUCAUAUCAGCUACUUGGAAGCAGGUUUCGGUGCAUACUUUGGUUUACUAGAGUACAUCUCCCUCCGAGGAAACUAUCUCAGCUUAAACUUUUGGAUUCAUGGAAACAUUUUCUAUGGUGUAAACUUUAAACUUAUGUACUCAUUGAAGGUGUUUGAUAUCGGAAGCAAUGCUCAUGUACCAAUUAGGAUAAACCACAAAGAACGUCCCAGUUAUCCAUCAAAUUGCUUGCAGAUGCCAAUUAGUCGAGAAGAAGUGUACAUUGACAACAUGAUCAUAUCAAAGGAGUAUCAUUUUCAUGAUGAGAAAUUCUGCAUUGUUUCCCCGAACCAUGUUAAAGUUAUUGAUAUGUCUGGAGCCAUCAUAGCUGGUCUACAUGGUGCAAUGACAGGACUGUAUAACCUAACAUAUUUGAACAUCCAAAACUUGAACACAGUGUUUACAGAUCUAGAUUCAUUCUCUUGUAAAAACUGGCCUAAACUAGAAAUGCUUCUUCUUGGGAACCUAGAC